AUGCAUUUCCUCAGCAACGCUAUCUUGGCGCUUGCCCUCGUUGGCUCUCUUGCUUCCGCCUCUUCCAUCCUCCCUACACCAUCUCUCACCACCUCUGUCGUCUCUGGCACAUCUAUUGCCCCUGUUGCCACUGGCCAGGCUGCCCUCAACGCAAACCAGUUGGUCAGUCGUCAUGGUAUCGAUGCUCUCAGGACUCCUCGCCGGGGUAAGGGCUACGUCGGUCACUCAAAGAACAAGGUAGAGCUCGCCAAGCAGGGCGAGCUAGCCAAGAAACUCGUACCCAUCAGCCUCCACUGCCCCGAUCGCAGGGCGUGCAAGAAAAUAGGCAUGAACUACCUCGACCCCAAAGUCAACGAUGCCGUGCAGAAAGUCACCGUGGAGAUGGAGCAAGUCAAGUCUUUCCCCCUCACCAUCCAAGUCACCAUCUUCAACAACGGUACAGGGCUCAUCACCUUCUGGACGGACUUGUCUCCCAUCAGCAGCUUUGCCCUUGAGCUCGGCCACUUCCACUUUGAUACAGGGGCCGACGCUGUUCAGUUUGGCAAGCGUCUUGUUGGUCCUGAUCACGGGUAUCGACCAGAAUCUUACAGCGACCUCACCGAGGUCCCUGCUGGUAAGUCGGUGAGCGCGUAUCUCGAGCUGCCUAGGAACUCGGACAACCCUAGGCUCAAGUCAUGGUUCAAGAUGCUCGAAUUGGCCGGAGACGCCUCGGUGACGAUGUCUGGAAGCUGGUAUGGUAUCUGGGCGGGUACCAAGAAGGACGUCAUGCUAACCGACAUGGACGACGACUUGGAUGGCCGCGACUUCUGGAAUAACCUCUAUAUUCCGUGGAAGGCGGGAUUCCCCAACGCGAAGUGGGUGGAUGGGAAAGGCCCGGCCAUGCGCCUUGACCUUCACAAGUUACAUGGCCCCAAGCCCGGCCAAUGA